AUGAUUUAUCAAAUCAAACAUUGGCAAUUCAAUAUAUUUUUUAUAUUAUUCAUUUUUUUGAUAAAUUUCACCUUUACUGCUAGUAAUAAUCGAGAAAAUCUAGCAUUACGCCAUCCAUGCAAUACAAUUAACAAACGUCUUACACCCUAUAUUAUAUGGACAGAAAAACUUGCAAGUACUCAAUACAAAGUUCAAAAAGAUGCUUGUGGUCAGAUAGGAAUUGGACCAGCAUGUUGUACAAAUGAAAUUCUUAAUUCUUAUGCAGUACCAUUUGGUACUGAAUUACAAGCAUUAUAUGAUACUGAAUUAAAUCAUUUAACAAGAACACUUACAAAAUCAAAACAACAAAUCGAUGUUUGGUCAGAAGAAUAUACUACAGAAUUACGUCGUUUAACAAUUUCUUCACUUGAAACAUUGUUUGGUACUAAAGAAUAUCGUUUAAAUAUUCAUCAGUCACUAGUAAAUUUAUUUAAUAUUCUCAAUAAUCAUCAUUCGUCAACCGAUAAUGUAUCAAAAUCAACUAUCGAUUUAUUUAAUCAUCUAGUUAUUUCACUCUAUCGACAGUUUAUGAUAAAGAAUAAUCAAUAUUUCCUAGAUGAUAAACUUCAAAAAUGUCUACUAAAUAAAGCAUUUGACAUAAACGCAUUAUCGACAAAACGUGAAUUACUCUAUAUAUUAACAAGUGGUUCAUCAUUAAUACAUAUUUUGCAUACAAUGCUUGUUUAUAUUGAUGCAGAUAUUCAACGAUUAAAAUUAUCAGCUAAAUUAAUUUCAAAUCCAUGUAUAGAACGUUUUGCAAAAGAAACCUUAUGUCCCAUAUGUGUUAGUACAUCAUUUUCUACUCGUCAUAGCAAUACAAAUAAUAAUGAACUUCUAUGUAAAGAUGACUGUCAAAAUGUUAUUAAAAAAUGUUUUAAUCAGACAGAUAAUUCUUAUAUUCUGUUUGCUUCAAUGAUUAAAACUUAUUCUACGAUUGUACAAGAUAUUGAACGUAGUGUUAUUGAACUUAAACUUGUCGAACGUCUUUCAAAAUUACAUAUUUAUCUAUAUGAUAUGGUUGUUAAAGCUAUUAAUAGUCGACAUAUAUAUACCCAACUUCAAAAUGCAUGUCCAAAUUCCGAUGAUAAACCUUUUACUCCUAUAUUAUCUUUACCGCCAACUAUAAAUGAACGACGUGAACUUGUAGUCAAAUGGAAUAGAUCAUUACAUUUCUUAUUUAAACAACUUCAUUUAUCAAUUGAUAAUCUCUAUCUAAAAUUCACACAACAAAUAAUUACAGAUAUUUGUUCCAAUCCAAAUUAUGCUUCAAGAUCGAAUCAAUGUACUCAAAUUAAUAAACAAACUACGAAUUUAUUUCAAUGGCCACUUGAAUCCAUUCCACAAUCCACAAUAAAUACGAAUAAUAUCGAAUUAACGCGUAAUCAACUUGAUGAUUUAAAGAAAAAAAUGAUACCUAUACAACAAAUGAUUAUCUCACUUCGACCAAAAGAAAAAAAUCCAUUAUUAAUUGAACAUUUACCUGAUUUUGGUUCAUACGAUGAUGAUGUUGAUGAUGGUAAUAUAAUGAAUGACAUUGAUACACAAUCAUCACUGUUUAUUGAAACAUACGAUAAUGAUCUUCAAGAAUCACUUAGUGAACGUAUUUAUAAAGAAAUUGAUGAACAAACUACAGAUCGAUCAAUAAUACCUGCUAGAAAAUCUUCAAAACAAACUAACAAAUCUCAAUCAAUAAUUUAUAGUAUUCAAUUGUAUUUAAUUAUUUUUAUUCUUCAUCAAAUAUUAUUUAUUAGUUAA